AUGAGUCUAACAAAAAUCUACCUCCGUUAUUACCCACCAGGUUUAGCACUUAAUUGCCGCACUGCCGACGGUCAGGAAAUGCUGCAUCACAUCGAUUUGUUGGAUUUGAAAGCAAACACUCAAAUGGAAAGGGUACUCAAUAGCCUCACAAUUGACCCAGAAAGCUCACAACAAGCGAAUAGACAAUGCUGCAAUAAAGCAACGCUCGAUUGUGCAACUAACACCAGCGCCAACUGCAUCAAUACAGAAGAAAUUAAGUCCGCAACAUUUAAACAGCCUCUGGCCACUAAUCGCAGCACAACUGAUAUGCUUUUUCUGCAACAAAUAAUCAACAAUUAUACAGAUCCUCUGCGGCAGGUUAUCAGAAAGUUGCAACGAAAAUUGUUAGAACCCACACAGAAGAAAUUCUAUUUGCAUCGGCGUGUGGGCCACCUGUUGCCAUUGACCAACAUUUGUUUCGAUAGGAGUGGCACGCGUUGCUUGACUGGCAGUUAUGACCGCACGUGUCGUAUAAUCAAUACACAGGAUGCAGGCGAAGAGCAGCUGUUGAAAGGGCAUGAUAAUGUGGUUUUCUCAGUGGCCUUCAACCAGCCAAAAUGCGACAAAAUAGUAACCGGCUCCUUUGAUGGCACCGCUAGAGUGUGGAGCACUUCAGAUGGACAAUCGCUGUGUACGCUCCAUGGACACACAGCCGAACUAGUGAUGGCCGAAUUUGAUCCCAUAAAAUCAACAACGGUAGCUACCGCCUCUAUAGAUGGCAGCGCGCGUUUAUUCGACAUAGAGACAGCUUUGGAGCUGCAGGUGCUUAGCCAUCACGGUGCCGAAGUGAUUGUAAGUCGCUUCAGUCGUUGUGGCAAUAUGUUGCUUACAGCUUCCUUCGAUGGUACUGCAGCAAUUUGGGAUAUACGAAAUGCAUGCCUUACGUCUCAAUUGCGUGGUCACACCGCUGAGUUAAGCAACUGUGUUUGGAAUUUUUCGUGUAAUCGCAUUGCUACCUCUUCGCUGGAUAGCACAGCUCAGUUGUGGGACAUACGACGUCUGGAUGAGCCACUGCAAAACUUAACUGGGCAUCGUGAGGAGGUGCUUGAUGUUUGCUUUGAUUCGACUGGCUGCCGAUUGGCCACUUGCAGCAGCGACUGUACGGCGCGCAUAUGGGAUUUGCGUGGCGACUUCGAGCUGCUGUCCGUUAUGGAGGGGCAUAGUGACGAGGUGUCAAAGGUUUGCUUCAGCCCUUCUGGCGCUCUUCUGAUGACCGCCUCUGCUGAUCACACUGCGCGCUUGUGGCUUACUGAGACUGGUCAGUGCUCGCAAGUUCUGAGCGGUCAUGACUCAGAAGUAUUUUCUUGUGCCUUCAGCUACGCGGGCGAUAUUAUUGUAACGGCUUCGAAGGACAACACUUGUAGGUUGUGGAGAUGA